UCUUUUUGUCGCUAGCUAGGCUAGCAGCUCACUUGACGUAGCAGGGAUGAGCAACAGUCGUGAAAGUAGCAGCAGUCGUAAAAGUCCUCGAAUCGGUUUAGUUGCGGUUUAAUUCGAGUCUCCCUUCGCGCCAUUGCUAAUGAGAGAGAACCAGCAGGUGGGAAGUGAACUUUAAAAGCGAGACAACGUGUGAUGUUCCGUUGCUUCAACUUUGCCGUGUCCAGCAGGCGCCCAGGCGCGACCACACCCUCCCCGCUUCCUCAUAGUGCUGCAGCGGGAGCGCGCAGCGCCACUUUGAAUCCCGGGGAAUAACGGCUCCUGCUUCAGCGACGCUGGAGGUUUCGUAACCGUGGAACCUGCCAGAGCAAGUGACUUACAUGGUUUAAGUCCGGCGCCUGGAAUGGACGUGAGCAGCGACGCUUCACCACGGACACGGGGGGCUGCACUCGUCCAGGUCCCGAGUUGAGACACGGUGUAGGAGGUGGAAGCGGACAGACGGACGAUGCAUGUGGAGCAACAACUAGCUUCCAAGCCCGGGCUCUGCAUGAAGAAGAAACGGCUGAAGGCGGACUGAGGCGCUCUACGUGGACUGCUGGACUCGGGAGGAUCCAUGAGAUGAUGUUGCCGGAGGGGAACGCAGGUCUUCCCGCUGUCCAGACUAGCUGCCCGGGUGCUGCCCCGUUCCUCAGCAUGAGCGACGUCACGCUAGCCCGGUCCAAGUGUUUGGAAACGAGUCGGACAGGAUUUCGGUGCUGUUUCAUUCAACUUGCUGUGAUGCCAGUAGACACAAAAUGAUCACAGUGAAAAUAAGACUGAAAGGGCUUCUAGUAAAUGUUGAAAGGAUCACAAGAUGAGGCCAAGAAGUUUACCCGACCAGAACCAGGACUUUGUAGGGAUGCAUCUUGGGGGCACUGCAAUUUGUUUUGUUUUUAAAAUGCAGAAACCUGUGAAUUAAUCUGUUCCACAAAAACCUGGGACCACAAUAAGAACAUUGACUUUUGGAUGAAGCUGGGCAUCGUUACUGAUUAGUCACAAGUUUUGGGGUUUUGAUCUUCUGUGUUACAUUGAGAGACUGGUAACAAACAUGUUACACAAGUGAAUGAUCUUGUAGAGUUGAGAUUUUUCCCUGUGUUUACAUUGAGUAGAUCAGUCAUGCGUGUCAUGGUAAUAUAUAGUUAAUUCACUAUUCUCUGAGACUGUCGAGCCAGUUGUUAUUGAAGGGUUUGCAGUGUGGAUCAGCAUGAAACUAUAAAUAACUGAAACCACCAAAAAAAGCAGUGACCCCACCAACCCACCCCCACCCUCCUUAUUAUGGCUAGUGGUGGCUCUAGCAAGUCAGCCAGCGAGGGGUCGUCCAGCACAGCCGGGGGCAGUUUGCAGCAGAGGAAGCAUCUCUCCUCAGUUUGUGAUACCUGUAAGGCCAAGAUGCAGCUUGUGGCCGACCUUCUUUUGCUGUCCAGCGAGACCAGGCCCAUCGUGACGUCUGACGGCGUGCCGUUGGCCGAGACCUUUGACCAGUGCCGUGACACCAUCAUCGCCAGGACUAAAGAACUCUCUAUUCUCACCCACGACAUUCAGAGCCAGCUCAACAUGGGCCGCUUCACUGAGGUGGGCGACCGUCUGUUGGAGAUGGCUGACCUGGUGGUGUCGUUAACCGAGUACUCUGCCCACGCAGCUUACCUGGCUGCCGUGGAAACCCCUGGCUCUCAGCCCUGCCUCCCCGGCCUGGUCGACCGCUACAAGGUGACCCGUUGCCGACAUGAGGUGGAGCAAAACUGCAGCGUUCUGCGGAUCACGCCCCUGUUGGAACUCACCCCCCAGCUUCUUCUCGAGCUCUCGCAGAACAUCUCCACCAACCUCAAGACUUUGACGGACAUCUCAUCCCUGGCCAGCGAUAGAUCCAGGGACCGCUUUGCAAAGGAGCAGUUCAAACUGAGCGUAAAGAGCAUGAGCACAAGUGGCACAGCCUUCAUGGCGUGUGUCAGGGAGGUCAAGACCCAGCCCACUGAGCUGAGUCGGAACCGCUGCGUCCUGUUCAGUGGUGCUCUGGUCCAGGCCGUCAAUGCCCUGGUUGGGUUUGCCACAGAGCCACAGUUCCUAGGGAGAGCUGCCAGUUUCUCGUCCGAAGGGAAGGGGGUACAGACUGCAGUGUUGGGAGGUGCCAUGAGUGUGGUUUCAGCCUGUGUCCUCCUCACUCAGGGCCUCAGGGAUGUUGCCCAGCAUCCUGAAAGCAGCUCCAAGAUGGCAGACUACCGAGAGCGCCUGCGUAACUCGGCUUGCGCCGUGUCCGACGGCUGCACUCUGCUCACCCAGGCACUCAGAGAGCGCUCGUCCCCGAGGACCCUGCCACCAGUCAUCUCUCAUUCUGUGAAUUAGUUCAGUCAGAGGCACCAUGAUCUCCAGCGACCCCUGGGUUUGUCGUACCAAAGAUUCUCACCUGGGUUCCACCGUUCACCGCAUUACAGCAGAGGCGGGCUGAGGAGGACGGAGCACUAAAACAAGCACUGCAGGGUUUAUGUCGCGCUGGCUGCAACUCAAACCUUGUUGAAACGGACCUUUGUGAGCCUGGACCGGGCUUAGGUCGCAGCAGCCUUUAAACCUGAACAUCUUACCUCAGUUUUCAAACACCAGUCUUGAUGAUGGAUGUAGCUUCGCUGUAUCAACCUCCUUGAUUAUAUGUGUGUUGUCAGAUUGUGGAGUCGUCCGAGUUUCCUUCCAGUGUGUGAAUUCCCUUGGUGAAAAGCUGCUGUGAGUGUUCCAUAGGUUUUACACUAUUUACCAGAACCCCCAUAUUAUUUUAAACUGUUUUGAUCAUGCAUGUAAUGGAGUAUUUAUUUCAGCUAUUAAAAUGUUGUUCCUCGUUGGA